AUGCAAAGGCCUCGGGGGCCACUUAUUGAGCAUGCCAGUGUCCCGGAGACAUUUAGCGAGCAUGUAAACGCCCCGAGGCUACUUAGUGAGCAUGCCAGCGCCCCGGGAUCACUUAGUGAGCAUGCCAGCGCCUCGAGGCCAUUUAGUGAGUAUGCCAGCGCCCCGGGAUCACUUAAUGAGCAUGCCAGUGGCUUGGGGUCACUUGGUGAGCAUGCCAGUGGCUUGGGGUCACUUGGUGAGCAUGCCAGUGGCUUGGGGUCACUUGGUGAGCAUACCAACGCCCCGUUUCCACUUAGUGAGCAUGUCAGCGCCCGGGAAUCUCACCUACCAAGCCAUGAUACAGAGCCACCUCCGACACCCAACCCACAGCCUCACUCAACCCAACUGAGCCACAUUUUACAGUCAUUCUAG